AUGAAAUAUCUAAUUUUUUGGUUAGAAAUUCACAAAAAUGCUAAAGUAAGCAAAGACAGCACCACACAUCCUUUACCAGCUCCAUUCAAGACUGAACAAAUUCUUAUUGAGGCUCAAGUCCCACAGAAACUACAAGGUUACCCACCAGUUAAUGCGACACCACCAGCUGAUCCGAAAUUUACUGCUUUGGUUGAUUUGACUAAAAUUCCAGAUGCUCCUAUUAGAAGAGCGCAAAAGGAUCCUUGUGAUAGUGCUGAUGAUCCCUAUUGUUAUUGGAGUUGUACACUUUGUUUAAGAGAUAAUGAUAUUAAAACAUGUCCCAAUCCAAAAGAUUGGGGCAUCACAUACGAUGAUGGUCCUUCACCAUUUACACCAGCAAUUUUAGAUUAUCUUAAGGCAAAAAAUGCAAAAGCAACAUUUUUCGUUGUUGGUUCCAGGGUUAGCGAAUAUCCUGAGAUUACAAAAAGAGCUUUUGAUGAAGGGCAUCAAAUCGGAAUCCACACUUGGUCGCACACAGCAUUAACAACACUAACAAAUGAAGUAGUUAUAUCUGAGUUGCAAUGGACCGCAACAGCUAUUGAAGAAGCAACUGGUAAAAAACCUGAAUUAGUGAGACCACCACAAGGAGAUCACGAUGAUCGUAUAAGAUACAUCGCCAAUGCAUUAGGUUAUAAAAUUGCUAUGUGGAAUAAAGACCCGAACGAUUGGAUGGUCUCACAAGAUCUAAACUACGAUGUAAGCUGGAUUUCAGGCAACUUUACUCAAUGGACAAAUGAACAAUUAACAACUGGUCAUGUUUCUUUGGAACAUGAUCUGUUUCAAGAAUCUGCCGCCCAUGCCCCAGAAGCUCUUGAUAUAGUUCUGGGCGCUGGAUUCAACACUAGGACUAUUUCUGAUUGUGCAAGCCAACCUGCUUUG